AUGUCUUUGAUACACCUGUUCCUCUUGUUCGUGGGUUUUGUGAGCGUUGAAGCUGCUGCGGCGUCGUUUUCACCUGGAUCGCGCUCGAUUCUACGUGACAUCGGCAAUGUCAUCGACGAUGAGAAAGAUAACGCCAUCGAAUUGAACGCUACCAACUUUGAUUCAGUCUUCCAAGACACCCCCGCCAAAUACGCCGUUUUGGAGUUCUUCGCUCACUGGUCAGUUCUCCUGAUCUUUUUCUUUGUGGCAAGGCUCUUCAAUGGACCAGACGCUGCACAUCCUGGCCUCGUUUUAAUGGCUCGAGUUGAUUGUGCAAUGAAUGCGAAGCUCUGUGACAAGUUCUGCAUUAGUCAUUAUCCAAUGCUCUUUUGGACCCCUCCCAGAAAGUUCGUUGGUGGCAGCUGGGGACCUAAACAAGACAAAAGUGAGAUCAUCGUGAUGGAUAAUUGGCACACUUCUGAUCUUUUGUUGAGCUGGAUUAACAAGCAGUUAAGCAGUUCUUAUGGAUUGGAUGAUCAGAAAUUUGGAAACGAGCAUCUCCUGCCAAGUAUAUCUGACCACGAACAUGUCUCUUAG